AAGACUGAAGCCGAACAAAAAUAUGAAACCAAAUCGAUGGAAAGAAAGAAGAAACUCAUCAAGGAAAGAGCUCAAAAAUCCUACAGAGAAAAAAUCAAUGAAUUUAACGAUCGUAUUUCUAAACUAACCGAAUAUAAUGAUAUUCCAAAGGUCUAA